AUGUCGAUGCAAACUUCCGCUUCAGUUCCUGACCAGCAAGAUGGUGUCAUGCCAGACUUGCCCGCAAUGGGGCAAUUCAUAGCUACCAUGGAUGGGUCCGUUCAGUACUCCGAGCAGCUUCCCGACUCUUGCAGUAUAUGCUGGGAAGACUUCAACUGGGACAAUGGCGUUGCAGUGCGCCUUCCAUGCGGCCACAUCUUCCACAAUGAAUGUUGUCUCCACUGGAUGAAAUCAGCCAGUGAGAACCGCAACGCCUGUCCCAUGUGCCGGACGGUCUUCUGUCUCUUUAAUGCUCUGACACCCGAACAAAUACGCGAUAACGAAGAAGAGCACAACGAGGCUGUAUACAACCGCGAGGCUUACUACUGGCUUAUGCGUUACGCUGACUCAUGGUACGAUGCAGAAAUCCGGGAUGAUCACCCGGAUUUAGUGCUCAGCGAGGAUGGUCUUGCUGGCUCUAGGGAAAGCCAAGAGCUUGAGACGAGACGCAGUGGGCUAGUGAACUGUGUGAACUGGAUGAUUAGGGGUUCCAACUUCAUUGGCGAAGUCUGGGUCCCGCAGAAUAUGCAAGAAUUCGAAGCGAGGGCCGCGGAGAAUGCAGGGGGCAAUGAGGAUCACCAGCAAGAGCAACACGACGACGACCGUCAGGCUGACGAGGAUUCAGAGGACUACGAGAGGUGGGCAUCUGCUCAUGCCCACGAGCACGAAGAAGGUUCAGAGGAUGGCGAAAUCCUCGAGGACGCAACCAGUCAAGACCCCUCUGAACUUCCCCAUCCUGAAGGCUUCGAACUUUCCGAUCCCGAACCAAGUCCAAUGAACAGCGGUACAAUUGAGCAAGCUAUCAUAGCACGCAACGAUGCUAUCCAUCAACGUUUCCGGGAAGAACUAAACGCAGAGAUCGUCGUAGGAGCCUUGCACGAAUUACACGAUUUCAGGAGCGCUGAAAUACUACCCUAUGGAGAACCGACCUACCUCCCGCCCAUCCCACAGUCUCGCAACAAGACGUGGCCGACACGCGCUCCUGGCUCAGGUCAGAGGGCCACACCAUCCUUUGCGAGAUGCACAACGUAG